AUGGAAUCCUUUUUUCAACGUAUGUCAUCAUUGGUUAUAAGAAAUAGUAAUAAAUAUGUUGAACAAGAUAUUGAUGAAAUUGAUAAUGAAGAACAAAGACAAUUUACUUAUUUACAACAACGUCGAUGUUCAGCGCCUGAUAUGCGUCGACGUGGUACUACAACGGAUCGAUCAGCCCAGACACUUGAUCAGAAGGGUACUUCAGAAGAACAAAUUACAACUCAUUUCAAUGCUCAUAUGCUCUCUCGAAGACAUUACAAUUCUAUUGAGAGAAAAAAAUUUUCAACAGAAAUAAAUUUUAUAAAUGAAGAUUAUAGAUAUAAUACAAACGAAGCAUAA